CGACUCGGCGGUGGAAGCCGGUCCCGCUGAGGGACACGCCGGCUGCGGCCGGCAGAGCAGACAGCAGGCGCUCGAAUGGGUUGCUUUGGUGGCCCGACGCCAGGGAAAGGCGCAUCCAGGCGGAGCUCCGGGCAACGGCCACCGUACACCUGCCCCACUGCCUGCACGGCCCCGGCCCUAACAGGGUCUGUAUCCACUGCCCCGCGGGAUCACCGGGAGCCCAGCCAACCUCAGCUGUCCAUCUCCCCGUGAUCCAGCCAAUCGCCCGCGACUGCCCCGGCCGCACCUCCCGGAAUCUAUGACGGGCGUGCUAGGCAGCCUAUGAGGUUGGAGCCCCAGCGGCCUGGGCUGGGAGCGGGAGCCAAUGAGCAUCAUUUCAGAGGCAAUUGCUCUUGGAUCCUUCUGUUUACAAUGGCCCAGAGAAGUGGACUUGAAGAUCCCGAGAGGUAUCUCUUUGUGGACAGGGCUGUCAUCUAUAACCCUGCCACCCAGGCUGAUUGGACAGCUAAAAAGCUAGUGUGGAUUCCAUCAGAACGCCAUGGUUUUGAGGCCGCUAGUAUCAAAGAAGAGCGGGGAGAUGAAGUUAUGGUGGAAUUGGCAGAGAACGGAAAGAAAGCAAUGGUCAACAAAGAUGAUAUUCAGAAGAUGAACCCACCUAAGUUUUCCAAGGUGGAGGAUAUGGCAGAAUUGACGUGUUUGAACGAAGCUUCUGUUUUACACAAUCUGAAGGAUCGUUACUAUUCAGGACUUAUCUAUACUUAUUCUGGACUCUUCUGUGUAGUCAUAAAUCCUUACAAGAAUCUUCCAAUUUACUCUGAGAAUAUUAUUGAAAUGUACAGAGGGAAGAAACGUCACGAGAUGCCUCCACACAUCUAUGCCAUAUCUGAAUCUGCUUACAGAUGCAUGCUUCAAGAUCGUGAGGACCAGUCAAUUCUUUGCACGGGUGAAUCAGGUGCUGGGAAGACGGAAAAUACUAAGAAAGUCAUUCAGUACCUUGCUCAUGUUGCUUCUUCACAUAAAGGACGAAAGGACCAUAAUAUUCCUCAGGAAUCACCUAAACCAGUGAAACACCAGGGGGAACUUGAACGUCAGCUUUUGCAAGCAAAUCCUAUUCUGGAAUCAUUUGGAAAUGCGAAGACUGUGAAAAAUGAUAACUCAUCUCGUUUUGGCAAGUUUAUUCGGAUCAACUUUGAUGUAACUGGCUAUAUCGUUGGGGCCAACAUUGAAACAUACCUUCUGGAAAAAUCUCGUGCUGUUCGUCAAGCAAAAGAUGAACGUACUUUUCACAUCUUUUACCAGUUGUUAUCUGGAGCAGGAGAACACCUAAAGUCUGAUUUGCUCCUUGAAGGAUUUAGUAACUACAGAUUUCUCUCCAAUGGCUAUAUUCCCAUUCCGGGACAGCAAGACAAAGAUAACUUUCAGGAGACAAUGGAAGCGAUGCAUAUAAUGGGCUUCUCUCACGAAGAGAUUCUGUCAAUGCUUAAAGUAGUAUCUUCAGUGCUUCAGUUUGGAAAUAUUUCUUUCAAAAAGGAGCGAAACACUGACCAAGCGUCCAUGCCAGAAAAUACAGUUGCACAGAAGCUCUGCCAUCUUCUUGGGAUGAAUGUGAUGGAGUUUACUCGGGCUAUCCUCACCCCGCGGAUCAAGGUCGGCCGAGACUACGUGCAGAAAGCCCAGACCAAAGAACAAGCAGAUUUUGCAGUAGAAGCGUUGGCAAAAGCUACCUAUGAGCGGCUAUUUCGCUGGCUUGUUCACCGAAUCAAUAAAGCUCUGGAUAGGACCAAACGUCAGGGAGCAUCUUUUAUUGGAAUCCUGGAUAUUGCUGGAUUUGAGAUUUUUGAGCUGAACUCCUUUGAACAACUUUGUAUCAACUAUACCAAUGAGAAGCUGCAGCAGCUGUUCAACCACACCAUGUUUAUCCUGGAGCAAGAGGAAUACCAGCGUGAAGGCAUCGAGUGGAACUUCAUCGAUUUUGGAUUAGAUCUGCAGCCAUGCAUUGACCUGAUAGAGAGACCCGCUAACCCUCCAGGUGUACUGGCCCUUUUGGAUGAAGAGUGCUGGUUCCCUAAAGCCACGGAUAAAACCUUUGUUGAAAAACUAGUUCAAGAGCAAGGUUCCCACUCCAAGUUUCAGAAACCACGGCAACUGAAAGACAAAGCUGACUUUUGCAUUAUACAUUAUGCAGGGAAGGUGGACUAUAAGGCAGACGAGUGGCUGAUGAAAAACAUGGACCCUCUGAACGACAAUGUGGCCACGCUCCUGCACCAGUCAUCCGACAGAUUUGUUGCAGAGCUUUGGAAGGAUGAGAUUCAGAAUAUUCAGAGAGCUUCUUUCUAUGACAGUGUUUCUGGUCUUCAUGAGACACCAGUGGAUCGCAUUGUGGGCCUGGAUCAAGUUACUGGUAUGACUGAGACAGCUUUUGGCUCCGCCUAUAAAACCAAGAAGGGCAUGUUUCGCACCGUCGGACAGCUCUACAAAGAGUCUCUCACCAAGCUGAUGGCUACCCUCCGCAACACCAACCCCAACUUUGUUCGCUGCAUCAUUCCAAAUCACGAGAAGCGCGCUGGAAAACUGGAUCCACAUCUAGUGCUGGACCAGCUUCGCUGCAAUGGUGUCCUGGAGGGGAUCAGAAUUUGUCGCCAGGGGUUCCCCAACCGCAUAGUUUUCCAGGAAUUCAGACAGAGAUAUGAGAUCCUAACUCCAAAUGCUAUUCCUAAAGGCUUUAUGGAUGGUAAACAGGCUUGUGAGCGAAUGAUCCGGGCUUUAGAAUUGGACCCAAACUUAUACAGAAUUGGACAGAGCAAGAUAUUUUUCAGAGCUGGAGUUUUGGCACACUUAGAGGAAGAAAGGGAUUUAAAAAUUACCGAUAUCAUUAUCUUCUUCCAGGCUGUUUGCAGGGGUUACCUAGCCAGAAAGGCCUUUGCCAAGAAGCAGCAACAACUGAGUGCCUUAAAGGUCCUGCAGCGGAACUGUGCAGCUUAUCUGAAACUCCGGCACUGGCAGUGGUGGCGCGUCUUCACGAAGGUGAAGCCGCUCCUACAAGUUACUCGCCAAGAGGAGGAACUUCAGGCCAAAGAUGAAGAGCUGUUGAAGGUGAAGGAGAAGCAGACAAAGGUGGAAGGAGAGCUCGAGGAGAUGGAGAGGAAGCACCAGCAGCUUUUAGAAGAGAAGAAUAUCCUUGCAGAGCAGCUACAAGCAGAGACUGAGCUCUUUGCUGAAGCAGAAGAGAUGAGAGCAAGACUUGCUGCUAAAAAGCAGGAAUUGGAAGAGAUUCUACAUGACUUAGAGUCUAGGGUUGAAGAAGAAGAAGAAAGAAACCAAAUCCUCCAAAAUGAAAAGAAAAAAAUGCAAGCACAUAUUCAGGUAUCUGUGAUCGAAAAGAAACUCAUGGAAGAUCGCAUUGCUGAGUGUUCCUCUCAGCUGGCUGAAGAGGAAGAAAAGGCAAAAAACUUGGCCAAAAUCAGGAAUAAGCAAGAAGUCAUGAUCACAGAUUUAGAAGAACGCUUGAAAAAGGAAGAGAAAACACGUCAGGAACUGGAAAAGGCCAAAAGAAAACUGGACGGUGAAACAACUGACCUGCAGGAUCAGAUCGCUGAGCUCCAAGCACAGAUCGACGAGCUCAAAAUCCAGCUCGCCAAGAAGGAGGAGGAGCUGCAGGGCGCACUGGCCAGGGGCGACGACGAAACGCUGCAUAAAAACAACGCUCUUAAAGUUGUGCGAGAGCUGCAAGCCCAAAUUGCUGAACUUCAAGAAGACUUUGAAUCUGAGAAGGCUUCACGGAACAAGGCAGAAAAGCAGAAACGGGACUUGAGUGAGGAACUGGAAGCUCUGAAGACAGAGCUGGAGGAUACUCUGGACACCACUGCGGCACAGCAAGAACUGCGUACAAAACGUGAACAAGAAGUGGCAGAGCUGAAGAAGGCUCUUGAGGAAGAAACUAAGAACCAUGAAGCUCAAAUCCAGGACAUGAGACAGAGACACGCAACAGCUCUGGAAGAGCUCUCAGAGCAGCUGGAACAGGCUAAAAGGUUCAAAGCAAACCUGGAGAAGAACAAGCAGGGCCUAGAGACAGACAACAAGGAGCUGGCGUGUGAGGUGAAGGUGCUGCAGCAGGUCAAGGCCGAGUCUGAGCACAAGAGGAAGAAACUUGAUGCCCAGGUCCAGGAGCUCCACGCCAAGGUCUCAGAAGGAGACAGACUCAGGGUGGAACUGGCCGAGAAAGCAAAUAAAUUACAGAACGAACUGGAUAAUGUCUCAACUCUUCUGGAAGAAGCAGAAAAGAAGGGUAUUAAAUUUGCUAAGGACGCAUCUAGUCUUGAGUCUCAACUACAGGAUACACAGGAGCUUCUUCAGGAGGAGACACGCCAAAAGCUUAACCUGAGCAGCCGGAUUCGACAACUAGAAGAGGAGAAGAACAGCCUCCAGGAGCAGCAGGAGGAGGAGGAGGAGGCCCGGAAGAACCUGGAGAAACAAGUGCUGGCCCUGCAGUCACAGUUGACUGAUACCAAGAAGAAAGUAGAUGAUGACUUGGGAACAAUUGAAAGUUUGGAAGAAGCCAAAAAGAAGCUCCUUAAAGACGUGGAGGCGUUGAGCCAGCGCCUAGAGGAAAAGGCUCUGGCUUAUGACAAGCUGGAGAAGACCAAGAACCGCCUUCAGCAGGAGCUCGACGACCUGAUGGUGGACCUGGACCAUCAGCGCCAGAUUGUCUCCAACUUGGAGAAGAAGCAGAAAAAGUUUGAUCAGCUGUUAGCAGAAGAAAAGAACAUCUCUGCUCGCUAUGCAGAAGAGCGGGACCGAGCCGAAGCAGAGGCCAGAGAGAAAGAAACCAAAGCCUUGUCCCUGGCCCGGGCCCUCGAGGAGGCCUUGGAGGCCAAGGAGGAGUUUGAGAGGCAGAACAAGCAGCUGCGGGCAGACAUGGAAGACCUGAUGAGCUCCAAGGAUGACGUGGGGAAGAACGUUCAUGAACUUGAAAAAUCCAAGCGGGCCCUAGAGCAGCAGGUGGAAGAAAUGAGGACCCAGCUGGAAGAGCUGGAAGAUGAACUCCAGGCAACAGAAGAUGCCAAGCUUCGCCUGGAGGUCAACAUGCAGGCCAUGAAGGCCCAGUUCGAGAGAGACCUGCAAACCAGAGAUGAGCAGAAUGAAGAAAAGAAGCGGCUGCUGAUUAAACAGGUGCGGGAGCUCGAGGCAGAGCUGGAGGAUGAGCGGAAACAGCGGGCACUUGCUGUUGCUGCAAAGAAGAAAAUGGAAAUAGACCUGAAGGACCUUGAAGCUCAAAUCGAGGCUGCAAACAAAGCGAGGGAUGAAGUAAUCAAGCAGCUUCGCAAACUUCAGGCCCAGAUGAAGGAUUACCAGCGUGAAUUAGAAGAAGCUCGUGCAUCCCGGGAUGAGAUUUUUGCUCAAUCCAAAGAGAGCGAAAAGAAAUUAAAGAGUCUGGAAGCAGAAAUCCUUCAAUUACAGGAGGAACUUGCCUCAUCUGAGCGAGCCCGCCGACACGCCGAGCAGGAGAGAGAUGAGCUGGCUGAUGAGAUCGCCAACAGCGCCUCUGGCAAGUCUGCGCUGCUGGAUGAGAAGCGGCGCCUGGAGGCCCGAAUUGCACAGCUGGAGGAGGAGCUGGAAGAGGAGCAGAGCAACAUGGAACUGCUCAACGACCGCUUCCGCAAGACCACACUGCAGGUGGACACACUGAAUGCAGAGCUGGCGGCUGAGCGCAGCGCUGCCCAAAAGAGUGACAAUGCGCGCCAGCAGCUGGAGCGGCAGAACAAGGAGCUGAAGGCCAAGCUGCAGGAGCUAGAGGGUGCUGUCAAAUCCAAGUUCAAGGCCACCAUCUCAGCCCUGGAAGCCAAGAUUGGGCAGCUGGAGGAGCAGCUUGAGCAGGAAGCCAAGGAACGAGCGGCAGCCAACAAGCUGGUCCGCCGCACCGAGAAGAAGCUGAAAGAAAUCUUCAUGCAGGUUGAAGAUGAGCGUCGACAUGCGGAUCAGUAUAAAGAGCAGAUGGAGAAGGCCAAUGCCAGGAUGAAGCAGCUUAAACGGCAGCUGGAGGAAGCAGAAGAAGAAGCUACACGUGCCAAUGCCUCUCGGCGUAAGCUCCAGCGGGAACUGGAUGAUGCCACUGAGGCCAACGAGGGCCUGAGCCGUGAGGUCAGCACUCUGAAGAACCGGCUGAGGCGAGGCGGCCCCAUCAGCUUCUCUUCGAGCCGAUCUGGCAGGCGCCAGCUGCAUAUUGAAGGGGCUUCCCUGGAGCUGUCAGACGACGACACCGAAAGUAAGACCAGUGAUGUCAAUGAGACGCAGCCGCCCCAGUCAGAGUAGAGUCACGGGAAGCCAGUGGAGGCGAUACAGUGGGACACGCAGGAACUCACCCGGCGCCAGCCUGCCUUGGGCCUCCUACAGACUUAGGAAGUUGGCAAGCUACAGGAUUCCUUACUAAAAGAUCAACUGUGUCUUAAGGCUUUCCAGCCUACACAUACUGUAUCCUGCUUCUUCAGAUUUAGGUACAAUUGCUCCCCUUUUUAUAUAUAUAUAUACAUACACAAAACAUGCACAUAUUAAACAGAACGUCUCAUCAUUGCAUCUAUUUUCCAUAUAUUCAUCAAGAGACCAUUUUAUAAUAAUACAUGUUAAGAAGAGAACCCUUUUUCAAACAAACUCCAGACCCUUGUUGCCAGUCGCUGGGUUAUUGGGGCAGCCCCGCGGUUGCUCAUUCGCUCUGCAUGCUCUCUGUCGUACAGACAGGUAACUUAGCUCUGUGUUCAUGUGGCCCCCGACUCCUCAGCCACAUCAAGUCUCUUAGAACAUUGUGGAACUUAAACUGCACUUGUAUCUCUCAUUUCCUUCGAAUAAUGAUCAACACUAUUUCAGUGAGCAAACUGUGAAAGGGGCUUUGGAAAGAUUAGGAGGGGUGGGUCGGAUUGGGGGACGCAGCAUCCAUUUGGGGUUACCGUGCCCAUCUCCCUCGAGUUGGUGGUGUCCCCGCAUCUCUUCAUGUGAACUGUCCUUGGCCAGGGCUGGUCUGUGCAUAGAAAGGAUAGUGGCCAUGCUGCAGCUGAGGCCCCAGGGGGCAGCAGUCACAUCAUGCUGACUUUCGGAUGGCGUCCGGCUCCUCACUUCAGGAGCAAGCAGCUGCGGCUCCUAAGCACGAGUUACUGGAAGGCCCUCCCUCGCCAGCCAGGCUUUCAUUCUGACCUUGCAAAUUCAGCCGCUGCUUUGAGCCCAAAAUGGGAAGAUUGGUUUUGUGUCCGAGACUUGUUCCAAGUUUGUCGAUGAGGUUUACAGGACCUCAAGAACAGAUGCCAUCUGCCUGAAUGCUGACAUGCCAGUGGAUGUGAAUCCUUUUUCAUUUCUUCUUUUCCCUUCCCCGUGGACAGUGUUACAGUGAACAUUUAGCAUUCUGGUUUUGGUUGAUAGUUAAGCAAACUGACAUUACAGAAAGUGCCUUAGACACUACAGUACUAAGACAAUGUUAAAUAUAUUAUUUGCCUCGGUAACAAUUUAAUGUAUUAAGUUUUGACUGUGCUUCAUAUCAUGUACCUCUCUAGUCAAAAUGGUAUUAUAAACAUUCAGUGACAAUGAAUCAGUGUUAAUUAUAAAUCCCUGAUCCUCUGCAACGUGCUUGAAAACACAAACCUUUUGGGUUAAAAGCUUUAACAUCUGUUAGGAAGAAUUUGUCGUGUGGGUUUGGAAUCUUUGGUUUUACCCCUUUAUGAGUUGUACUGGCUGUUGACCACCAGACACCUGACUGCAAAUAUCUUUUCUUGUAUUCCCAUAUUUCUAGACAAUGAUUUUUGUAAGACAAUAAAUUUAUUCAUUAUAGAUAUUUACGCCUCCUGCUCUAUUUACUUGGAGGAAAAAGCACCCGUUAAGAAUAAACAGACCUCAAUAAACAAGAAUAAUCAUGUGAACAUGAAA